GCCUUCAUUCUGCAGCUAUACAUGUUGUACGUGCAAGCAGGAACUGACGUUUUGGUCUUCAUUUUCCUUUUCAAUAAAAGGACGGCAGUAGAGGUGAGAGGGUAGGCUUGCUCUUGGAAGUUGUAGGUUUCAUGUUGGUUUGGUGGGGAUUGAAAGCCAAAUAAGGAGAAGACCAUUAGGUCCUGUAAUAUUGUUCACCUUCCCAGAAGUUUAUAAUGGAUACAGCACGAUCAGCCAUAUCCAAUUUGUUCCGUGAGGAACCAAGCACAUACACCCGCUUCAGCCUGGCAGAACAUAUGGAAGGUGACAGUAGCCAAGUGGAGAUGAAACUGUCAAAUUCUGAGAUAGACAGUGAGGUUGGAAACUCCAUGGGAGAACCCAGGGACCCUCGCAUUAUGAAGCCAAAGCACAGCCCCAAAAACAUCUGCUUUAUGAUUGUUUGUACUCUGCUCAUCUUCCUAAUAGGCUUUCUUCUUGGUUAUUUAUCGUAUCGUGGGCGAAUGCAAACAAAAGGGCAGAGCUGUUCUAAUGCGGACAGCAAUCUUUGUGGCACCGCUGAAGAACUGCCAAGUAAGGAUGAUAGUGAUACCACUCUGGAAUACACUCAGCCUUUCCUGGAAUGGAAGCAGCUGAAAGAACUGCUCAAAGACAAGUUUUUAGUAUCAAGUUUUAUAUCCCGCAUCAGGGACUUCUCUGUAAGCCGUGAGGCUGGUUCUGAAGGUGAUCAAAGACUUGCUUUGACUGUGUAUAACGAAUUCAAACGCUGUGGGCUGCAUAGUGUCUGGAAUGAUGAACACUAUGUGAAGCUUCAGUCCCUUGGCAGUACUCCAAACCGAGUAACACUUUUGGCUUCCGGAACAAAUGAAACUAUUGAAAAUCCAAAGGGUUACCUGGCUUACAGUGCUGCAGGCCAAGCUACGGGUAAAUUGGUUUAUGCCAAUUAUGGCAGGGAAGAAGAUUUUAAAAUGUUAAAAUCUAUGAAUAUUAGUGUGAAUGGCAGUGUUGUCAUUGUUCGAGGUGGAAAAAUAUCCUUUGCUGCUAAGGUUGCCAAUGCUCAGAAAGUGAAAGCAGCUGCAGUUUUGAUCUACCUAGACCCUGCUGACUAUGCCAACAUGCCUGUGGACACAGAUGUGUUUGGUCAUGUUCAUUUGGGCACUGGUGACCCAUAUACCCCAGGAUUUCCUUCAUUUAACCACACUCAGUUCCCUCCUGCACAAUCCUCAGGGCUUCCCAGCAUCCCAGCUCAGACCAUCACAACAAAUUCAGCUCGUCGGCUGCUGAGUAAAAUGACAGGACAGCUUGCCCCUUCAGAAUGGAAAGGAACAUUAUCUCCACCCUACAAUUUGGGUAAUGAUGAUAAUGUUCAGGUGGAAGUGGAGGUGAACAAUGUAGUUGCUGAGAAGAUGAUCCACAAUGUAUUUGGAGUGAUUAAGGGACUUACUGAUCCAGAACACUAUGUUGUGAUUGGAGCUCAGCGUGAUUCUUGGGGUCCAGGUGUUGCCAAGUCAGCUGUGGGAACUUCUUUGCUGGUGGAGAUGGCUAAAGCACUUUCAGACUUGGUUGUAAAAGAUGGAUACAAACCCAGAAGAAGCAUUGUUUUUGCAAGCUGGAGUGCUGGCGAUUUUGGAAGUGUCGGGGCAACUGAAUGGUUGGAGGGUUACCUGUCUGUGUUGCACCUGAAAGCUUUUGCUUACAUAAACCUUGAUGCUGCAGUGCUGGGAUCUCAAACUUUUAAAGCGUCUGCCAGUCCUAUGCUGUACACACUUCUUGGAAACACCCUAAAAGAGGUCAGCUCUCCACUGGACAGCAGUAAGACGUUGUACCAAAAUGUUGGUGGCGAUAGCUGGGAGAAGCAAACAAUUGUCCCAAUGACCAUGGAUGAUGCGUCUUAUGCCUUCCAAGCAUUUUCCGGAAUCCCAUCUGUUUCAUUCAGCUUUACGAAUGACGGAGAUACAUAUCCAUACUUUGGAACAAAGGAAGACAAUUUGAGCAAUCUGAACUCUCGCACAGGAAACAGGAUAGACGACAUAGCCAGAGCUGCUGCAAAUGUGGCUGGCCAGAUGGUGUUAAGGCUGACCCAUGAUCAUCAGCUCUCCCUGGACUUUGACAGAUAUAACGGGGAGCUGUUCUCGUUUGUACUUAAGAUCAAUCGAUUUGCUAAACAGUUGAAGAAAGCAGGCUUGACUGUAAAGUGGCUGUCCUCUGCUCGUGGUGACUUUGACCGAGCUACAGAAACACUGAAAAACAACAUUCUCAACAGCGACCUGAACAAUGCAGGAAUUUGUCGAGCCAUAAACGACCGGAUCAUGAUGGUGGAGUACCAUUUCCUCUCUCCCUAUGUCUCGCCAAAGGAUACUCCCUUCCGCCACAUUUUGUAUGGCUCCGGUCCCCACACUUUAAUGUCUCUGCUUGAAAACCUUAACCUCCUAAAUAAUACCAUCACAAACCUCAACAUGGACGUCUUGCGAAAUCAGCUAGCCUUGGCCACCUGGACCAUACAGGGGGCUGCCAAUGCUCUGUCAGGCGAUAUCUGGGACAUAGACAAUGAAUUUUAAAAGCUUGGCUGGUAUCCAGUGUUUUCUCUAAAGGCAAGCCGAGGUUGAACCCACAUAAAGAAAAAAAUAAAUAAUAAUCCGCUUGACAUUUUACAAACAGGCAAAACUGAUUUUAAUUUAGCCUACAGACAAUAAAACAUGCUUAUCAUUUUUUAUGACAUAAUUGCUAGGUGCUCAUGAAGUGUUUUUUUUUUUUGUCCGAUAAUAAGAAAGUUAAAGUUUCAUCUCCCUUUGGAGAAAAUGCCCAAGUUGUUAUGCCUUUGAGAGAACACUGGAAUUUAGAUAUAACUAACAUUCAGUGCUGUGUUUGUGUGUUGUUUUUUUGUUUUGUUUUUUUUUGUAUUGUUUGAACUGAAGAGUUAGCAAAGAUUUUAGCCAGAACUAGGUACAGGAAGAAUCAAUAGCUAAGGUGUGUAAUCUAACCUUGCUUAUGAAUUGUUCAAUUACAUUGUUGUAAUAUCUUUGGUGCAUUUUAUAUUGUACGAACAGUCAAAGUCUCAUUGGCCACUGAAACGUUUUCAUAUCUGGCUUUUGUUUUUUAAAUGUUAAAUGUGUCGUUUAUAUGCAUGUAGCUGAGCAGUGCACUCAACAGUUGGCUUUAUUUUUGCCAAUGGGAGCAUUGCAAAGGUUUGCCUUUGCGUUUCUUGAAAGCCUCUAUCUACAUGUUUCGUGAAUAGCUAAAACAUGCUGGGUGGUAGCUAUCUGGUAAUAAGGAUCGAAAUGUAAGAAAAGUGUAAAAUACACCUACCAAGGCAAUAUGUGUAUGUUACAGAAUUGUUACAGAAUCUCAGUUGUUGUUUGAGCAAUCCGUUUUGCUUUUUCCAGACAAACUGACAUUUUGUUUGAGUCUAAUCUCUUUGUAUGAAAAGUGAAAAGCAAUUUCUGUUUUCAAAUUUACUGAUACAGAAUAUGAGCUUUUAUUUCCUGCCAGCCAAUGUCAUUUGGCUAGAAAAGAGGAAAAAAAAUCUGGAAAAAAAUGUCUUCACCGUCUAGCACUGAGAUAUUUAUUUGUGUUAUUUAUUUAUCAGUGACAGGGUUCACUAUAAAUAGUAUUUUUUUAAAACUAUUUCUUUCUUGUAUAAGAUAAUUAUCGGAAGCAGUGCCUUCCAUAAUUAUGACAGUUAUACUGUCGGUUUAAUAAAAGCAGCAUCUGCUACGGAAAUACACUUGUUACCAAAAUGUGUUGACCAGAAACUGCAGUUUCAUGAAACAAAUAACCACAUUUAAUUGAGUCUAGGUUUGCCUGUGAACUAAAUGUGAACUGUUGCAUCUGUCUUCAUUUUUUGAAAUGCUUUACCUGCUCAAAAGACACAACUGAUUUGCACUGGAAAAUCUUCCUUACUUUGCUAAUCUUUGAGCAGCUUAUAAAGUUAAGCUAAAUAAUUGCAGUAUGCAUUUUUAAAUCAUGGUUUAAGGUAUUUUUUUUAUUUUUUUGUUAUAUAUAUAUAUAUAUAUAUAUAUAUAUUAUAUCAUUAUUUAAUUCUUAGCAGAUGCCCUUAUCCAGGGCGACUUACAGUCGUAAACAAAAAUACAUUUCAAGAAUCACGAUACUUGAUUAUAAAUUGAUGAUACUUGAUUUAUAAAUUGUGUUGCUAGUUCCACCUUUUAUACCUUGAACACAAAACAAGGCAGUUUUUAAAAUAGCUUGCGGUUUCUGGUCAAGCAAUUUUGGUACAUUUAUAUUUCUAAUCCUAAAAACAUUAUCGGGAGCAGUGUCUUCCAUAAUGUAAAAAAACGAAGGUAGUUUUUGCCUACCACUGUGUAUAUAUCGGGGGCAGUGACCUUCAUAUUUCACACUGAAGGUGUAUGUAAUUAUCGGGAACAGUGUUUCCCAUAAUGUCUGUAUAUUGUUUGCAUUUACAAACUAUUGCAAGGCUUGAAGUUGUUUGUCUCAUCAACAUUAACCUAAAUGGGUUAGAUUUUCCUCUAUUUCUUUAGGACUCUAAUUCCAAUAAAGUAGUCGACUUUCUUUCUAGAUUUAUAUGGCUUACCUGUGCCUUGAGUAAACUUGUGUUCUACAAACCAUUGGCAAGAAUCCUUGAAGCGCAACUUUUGCGAUUCCUUUUAAUUAAGUAACCCUAUUGAUCUACUCAUGUUCAUGUGAUGUUUUGAAUGCAUGUUGGACAGUUUUAAUUGAACAGUUUAAUCUCCAUUUAGACAUAGGUUUGACUGGUAAUUGAAUAUCUAAAUUGCUGAAGUUAAAGUGUGUGGGUGCAUGAAGAUGCAUAAAUACUUGAGAUUUUUAUUUUUCUUAUGAAAAAUGUGUUAAAUGAUAUGGUAUUUAAUCACCUGUAUCUUGACAGAAAGAAUUGUAAUGUCUGUCACACGUUGAAAGAAACAGUAUUUCUGUGUGCAAGUCUUGUCGAAAACUGGGUUUGUAUUGGGGAGCGGGGAGAGAAACAGAUAAUGAACCUGCAUGAUUUACAUUUAACAAUUUCUUACAAAAGGUUUUGUUGACUUGUUCUCGUGUGGUAUUUAAUUUGUAAUGUUUUUACAACGGAAAUGGUUGGACUACUGUUGCAACAUGAACUGUAAUCUGUUCUGUAAUUGUUUUGCUUCUUGGAUUAAGCUUAUGUUCUUUGAAAUUAUUCAACGGUUUUGCUCUUGGAGCGUUUGAUCUGUUUGUAUGGCAAGCUUCUUAUUAUAUCUGUAUGCUCUACUAUUGCUUCAGUUAAAAAUGUAUCUGUUAGAGAUAAGAUUGUUUAAAUUUAAAGUUAUGCUGUGAAAUGAAGGGAAGUUGGGUUUUUUCUUUUUAUAAAGUGGUGGUUGGGAUUGUGAAAAGAUGGGCAAGGCUUUUUGUUGUCUGCAAUAAAUGCAAUAUAUAACAAUCAA